AUGGAGAAUACAACGGAAUUACAUGCUUGGCUCGAUGAAUAUUCUUCAUCACAUCAAAAUCCAACAAAUAUUGUAUUACAUAAAAUUUGUGUACCAACAAUUGCUUUUACAGUAUUAGGUUUUCUUUGGUCAAUACCAUUACCAAAAUCUAUUCGUCAAAAUCUUGGCUAUGUAUUUAGUCAUAUUAUUCCAAUGCUUGUUAUUGGACCUACAUUAGCAUUCUAUUUUCGUUUAUCAACAAAAAUGGCUAUGGCAAUGUUAGUAAUUAUUUUAUUUGCAUGUGCUCUUCUUGCUAAAAUGGAACAAAAACAAGUACGAAUAUUUCGAGUAUCAUUAAUUAUAUUUAUUGUUGCUUGGAUUGGACAAUUUAUUGGACAUGAUAUUGAAGGAAAGAAACCAUCAUUUUUUGAAGAUUUACAGUUUUUAGCUGUUGGACCACUUUGGACAUUGGCUAGUGCUUUUCGUGCUUUGGGUAUUGAAUAUUAA